UUAUAUAAAUAGAAACAAAUUAUUAUCUGAGAAUAUAGAUAGAGGCCGGAGAACAAGUUUCUGACACAACAAUCCACUUCCUUGGAUGCGAUAUCCCAGAACACGGUACAACGUUUGAUGUUGCAGGGCACAGACAUACCAUGGCUGAGAGGCCUCGGAGAAAUGAGGCCUAUGCUUCACUUGCUGCUGCCACUUACCAUCCACUGGAUAGCUGAGGAGAUGACAGUUUCUGUUCUUGUUGAUGUCACAACCUCUGCUUUGUGCCCUGGAGACUCAACUUGCUCCAAAGCUAUUUAUAUCAACGGCCUUCAACAAACGAUUGUUGGAGUUUUCAAGAUGCUGGUAAUUCCACUGUUGGGUCAACUUUCAGACGAGCAUGGUCGCAAACCCUUGCUCCUUUUUACCAUCUCCACGUCUAUAUUUCCCUUUGUUUUACUUGUCUGGCGUCAGUCCGAGGGAUUUGUCUAUGCCUACUAUGCGCUACGCACAAUUUCAAACAUAAUAAGUCAAGGCAGUAUUUUUUGCAUUGCUGUUGCAUAUGCGGCAGAUGUUGUCAGCGAAAGCAGAAGGGCAGCAGUAUUUAGUUGGAUUAGUGGUCUCCUUUCUGCUUCACAUGUUCUAGGGGAUUUACUGGCUCGGUUUCUUCCUGAAAAGUACAUUUUUGCUGUAUGUCUGUGUUAUCAAUGCUACAUCAUAUUAUUCAUAAAUGUUCUGUACUUGUCCUUUGGGAAUGAAUCUGAUUUACUGUUCAAUGGUUUCAGGUUUCAAAAAAAAAAAGACAUGCAAAUGGGUGACAUUCAGUUUUGUCAACGCUAA